UGGAAACUGAUAACGAGAGAGAAUGAAUGAUUAAUUUUAUGUUUGCCGAUCGAAUUUGAAGUGAAAUAUUUUUUAUUUUACGUUGGAGUCUUCUAGUUUCAAUGAGAUGCGUUGAAUUUGAAUUUUCUGCAAAAGUCAUUGAUCCGCGAUUUGUUAUAUUCCCCUAAUGGAUGAAUCGUAUAGAAAAAUUUUCGAGAAAAAUGUUCGUAAGUUGACGAAAACUUGAUAUUUUCUUUACCAUUAUGCGAAACUUCAAGUAUUUAAAUAACACGGUGAUUUCGACCAAGAAGCGUAUCAUCUCUCAUUUUCGUCCGGUUGUUACAAAGCGCGAAAAUAUUCAUUGCACGAGCAUUCUGUUCCACGGUGAAUAUGAAUGGAAGGAUCCGAAAAAUGAAAAUGAAAUAGUGAAUGUCACUUUUAUCGAUAAAAAAGACAACCGGUUUCACAUCAAAGGGAAGAUUGGUGACAACUUGUUAUACUUGGCUCACAGAUAUAACAUCGAAAUGGAAGGUGCUUGCGAAGCAUCUUUGGCAUGUACAACUUGUCACUGUUACGUUGACUUUGAAUCGUUGGGUAAAUUACCUGCUGCCGAAGAAAAGGAAGAAGAUCUUCUUGAUAUGGCACCAUUUUUAAAAGAAAAUUCAAGACUAGGGUGUCAAAUAAUUCUAACCAAAGAGUUGGAUGGAAUGGAGAUAUCAUUACCUUUAGCAACACGUAAUUUCUAUGUAGAUGGUCAUAAACCUAAACCUCAUUGAUUUAUCUCGUGUUACUGUAAUAUUGUUGAAAUAAAUGUGCUCUUUGUUUUA